GAGAGGUAUCGUCGUCUCGUGUUCCGUUUUCUUCUAAAGCGCAGCCCUCCCACAUUGCUUAUCCUCUUGCUCUUGUCCCUUUCCCUCGUUCCUCUCCCUCUCUGCCUUGCAUUUUUCCAUCUUCUCUAACCUACCAACAUUGAUACCCCCAUCUAUCUAGCUCAUCCCCUGCCAUUGCCUUACUGAGCGUCCUUGUUACCUUAGGUACCUAGCUCUCUUCCACUUGCAGAAUCUCUGCUAGGUAAGGUAUUUGAGGUACAUUAGCACGCUUAGGUAAUUCACCUGGCGUCAUUUCCCCCCAAAAGGUCAGUGCUUUUGCUUCACUCGGUGCGAAUACAGCGUGCCAUGCCCCGCGUUCCAGCAGUGUUUUUGUACGCAAUUACCCCUCCACGCCAGACAUGCCACCUCAAGUUGAGCCCUCCCAUUGGCUGCUUUCGAGCUCUGAAAGCCGCACCCAUCCAAUUCCAUCCCACUUUCACUUCCUUCCACGGUUGCUUAGGUCCCAGUAGAACCGCCGCAACUCUCCCCGUCCUACUCCUCCCACUGUCAUAGUCAGUCCACGACAACACACACACACACACCUUUUACCUAACCUGACUUCUUACAUACCCCCUUUUUCUUGUUUUUAGCCUGAUCUCUAUAUACCUUCUCUUGGUCAAUUCGAUACCCAAGAGGUACGCUUCCCAUCACCACACCUGCAUACAUGCCCAUAGAAUCCCAUUGCUGACGUUCUCUUCCUCCGCAGAUCACCAUCCUCCAAUCUCUAGCUUCUAUCGACACCACUCCAUACCGCCCAAAAUGCCUCAAGCAUCCAGCCUUCCCGCGUGGGCCGAGCUCCAGGCUCACCGCGACAACGUCGGCAAGAACUUUGUCCUGAAGGAAGCCUUCGCAGCCGACACGGAUCGUUUCGCCAAGUUCAGCCGUACCUUCAAGAACUCGGCCUCGGGCACCGAUAUUCUCUUUGACUUUUCAAAGAACUUCCUCAACGAUGAGACCCUCCACCUCCUCGUCAAGCUCGCCGAGCAGGCCAACCUCGAGAAGAAGCGCGAUGCCAUGUUCGCCGGCGAGAAGAUCAACUUCACCGAGAAGCGCGCCGUCUACCACUCCGCCCUCCGCAACGUCGGCGACUGGGACAUGAAGGUUGACGGCGUCGACGUCAUGGGCAACAAGGGCGGUGUCCGCGAGGUUCUCGAGCACAUGAAGGAGUUCUCCGAGCAGGUCCGCAGCGGCGAGUGGAAGGGCUACACCGGCAAGAAGCUCACCACCAUUGUCAACGUCGGCAUCGGAGGUUCCGAUCUCGGCCCCGUCAUGGUCACCGAGGCCCUCAAGCACUACGGUGCCAAGGACCAAACCCUCCACUUCGUCUCCAAUAUUGACGGCACCCACAUGGCCGAGGCCCUCGCCAACUCGGAUCCCGAGACCACCCUCUUCCUCAUCGCCUCCAAGACCUUCACUACCGCAGAGACCACCACCAACGCCAACACGGCCAAGUCGUGGUUCCUCGAGAAGACGGACGGCAAGGGCGAGAUCGCCAAGCACUUCGUUGCUCUGUCCACCAACGAGGAGGAGGUCACCAAGUUCGGCAUCGACGCCAAGAACAUGUUCGGCUUCGAGAGCUGGGUUGGCGGUCGCUACUCCGUCUGGAGUGCCAUUGGCCUCAGCGUCGCCAUCUACGUCGGCUACGACAACUUCCACAAGUUCCUUGCUGGUGCCCACGAGAUGGACAAGCACUUCCGCGAGACUCCCCUUGCGGAGAACAUCCCCGUUCUGGGAGGUCUCCUGAGCGUUUGGUACUCUGACUUCUUCCAGGCCCAGACCCACCUGGUUGCUCCCUUCGACCAGUACCUGCACCGCUUCCCCGCCUACCUCCAGCAGCUUUCCAUGGAGUCCAACGGCAAGACCAUCACCUCUGACGGAACUCCCGCCAAGUACACCACUGGUCCCAUCCUUUUCGGCGAGCCCUGCACCAACGCCCAACACUCCUUCUUCCAGCUCGUCCACCAGGGCACCAAGCUGAUCCCCGCCGACUUCAUCUUGGCCGCCAAGAGCCACAACCCCAUCGGCGACGGUGUCCACCAGAAGAUGCUCGCCUCCAACUACUUUGCCCAGGCCGAGGCCCUGAUGGUUGGCAAGACCGCUGACCAGGUCCGCGCCGAGGGUGCCCCCGAGGAGCUUGUCCCCCACAAGAUCUUCCUCGGCAACCGCCCUACCACCAGCAUCUUGGUCGGUGGCCACAUUGGCCCCGCCGAGCUUGGUGCUCUGAUUGUCUACUACGAGCACCUUACCUUCACUGAGGCUGCCAUCUGGGACAUCAACGCCUUUGACCAGUGGGGUGUCGAGCUGGGCAAGGUCCUGGCCAAGAAGAUUCUCAAGGAGCUUGACGAGGCCGGCAACGGUGAGGGCCACGACGCCUCCACUGGCGGCCUGAUUGGCGCUUUCAAGAAGUACUCCAACUUGUAAUGAAUAAUGUUCCUCUGUCCUUUGGUAGUUUUAUAAAAUUGGAAAGAGAAGGGGUGGCGUGAAGAGCGGUUCACGUCCCGAUGAAGCUAGCAGCAUGCAAAAAUGAAGAAGUCUUGUCCACA